UUUUGUAAAUAAAAGUUUCUGAUAGCAAAUAAAAUUGUUUACUAUGCUAUUUGCAAAAUAUAAUUUAUAAACUUUAUAUCAACUAAAACGUUUAUUAUAUUCAUAUGUACGCUUUUUACUCUUUUGUAACUGUGCAAAUUGCAGAAGUUUUGAUUCUGAGUAAAUACAGAAAUAUGUUUAAUAUCGAUAUGCAUUCGAGAUAUUUAAUAAGUCACUUUUUGCUGGUUUCGGACGUGUAUAACGUUUGAAUCUAUAAAUUAUAAUUGCAGAAAACAUGACACAUACCAAAAAAUGAAUCCUUACUGGUAUAUUACCAACAAAGACUGUUGUAAAAUUAAUGCCAUGGAUGAGAUAAAAUAACAUUAUUUUAUAUACACGAAUUCAUGAGUAAUGUCGUCGCUUAUUCUUUCGCACGACUCACAUUUAAUGAUGUUAGAAAUUGCUGUGGAAAAUUUGUUUGUUCCUUGGACCACGACAUUUGACAAAGUCAUUUUGAAGAAGACAAUCGUCACGUUUCGCAUAUUGGACGAGGAUUGGAUAUCUCUGUCGCCAAACCGGCAAGAUUAUCGUCCUUAUCAAGGUUCCAAUUAUGAGAACGAAAAAUUUUACGGUGGCAUAUCCGUUGUCUUCUCCGUGCCGACAGAUUUCUUUAAAAAAGAAGCAAGUGGCGUCGAUGUUCAGUUUUAUGUUCGGAAGGAAGUGUGCAAGUAUUUUAAGACGGCCUCACGCCAAAAAACUGGCUUCGCCGCUGUGCCGGUCGAUAAUCUGUUGAACAGCAUCGCCAAACAGGUCCGCGAGCGGAACGAAUUGGCAGAACAUUUGUCGGACUUCUAUAAACGGCAGAUUAUUUCGAGGUGAUAACGCUGAAAACCGAGGAAUCGCUGAUAUUGUUCAGGGAGGAAACUUUCUAUCUCGUCGAAAACUUUCCAAACCUAUUAUCCGAUCGCAUUUGUCCCGCAUUUGGGAAAUAUUGGAAAUUGAUUGUCGAAAAAGAGCUAACGUUACAAAUGUGUUACUACCUAGUAUUUCGUUAUGUCAGCGUUAUAAGAAUUACUUUUGUCAAUAAUAUAAAAUGUAUGAUUAUCAUAUAUUAGAGUGUUAGGCAUUUUGAAAAAAGAAAUGUGAUCGACCGGGAAAUCCGUAAAAAAAGCUGUGCACUUUCUUUGAAGUAUUUUUCUUUUCCUUUCAAGGGAAGUACGCUUAGUGAAGGACGUCCUGUGGUAUAAUUCUAGAGGCUUAAUAAUAUUGUGACUAUGCUAUUUAAGGUCUAUGAUGGGAACGUACACUUUGUUGGACGAGAACUUCCGGAAUACCGCUGCCACGAUUUCGCUCUACAUUCGGAUCAGUUAUCUCGGCAAAUGUCUCAUAACAGAGAUCACGCGAGUCAAAAGUAUACGUGAAGCGUUUUACAUUCGCGGAGACGCGGACGAGAAACAGCCGUAUAUCUCUCGGCAAAUGAUAUCGAAGGAGCUUCAAAGCGGUCACUGGGAUGACGAUGCUUUGCCUCCUGUUCCUCACGAUCGUUUAAUAUGCCGCUGUGAGGAGCUCGUUAAAAAGGAGGCCGCGGAUUUAACCAGUAAUGAAGUCAAUCGCUUUUGACAAGAUACUAUUAUAAAAUCUAUAUAUUUCGAAAAACAUGAGAAGAUAUCUUGCUUACAACGUAAAACUCUCUUUUAACUAAAGUACUGUUUUAAAUAAAGCAGUAAUAUUACCUCAACAGCUGGAAUAGAGCCUUUUUACAAGACGUAUGUUUACACAAAACAGAGAGUAAAAGUCUGUUUUUUAUAAUAAGUUCCUUUAAAAUAAGUGAUUCAUUAUUCUGGUGGGUUUCAUACAUCUUCAUAAAAUAAUCUAGAAAAUAAGCUAGGUAGAUUAUACCUAAGACUAAACGACGUGAUUGCAAACAAAUUCAUAGAUCGAUACGUAACUGUUGUCGGUGAUAAGAGAAGUUGCUACAGCUGUCGCUGCAAUUGCCACGAUUGCUGUAGCAGAUGUCACUGUUACAAUAAAAACAACUACUAUUGACGGAUUUGCAAAUUUUACUUAUCUGCAGAUUUUUAUUACAGAAAUUACUGCGACUACGGCCGCAAUUAAAAAAAGAAAAGCAAGAAAACGAAAACCUGUUGAUGCAGUUGUAGACUCUACUGAUAUUUCCAUUGCAAAAGAUGCUGCAAAGAAAAGAGAAGCACCUACUGAUUAUGGGGAAUUAGACGGUAGAACAAAUGCAGACGCAGAUGUGGACACAAAUGCAUAUGUGAGAACUAUGAGACCAAUAAUGAGACCAACAAUGGAGACCAAUAAUGAUGUAAUUCAUGACGAACAAGCCGAUAUUCGUAGAAAGGAUCCUAUGUAUUAUUCAAUUAAAGGUAAAUAUAAUUUAAGAAGUUAAGCCGUUUUGAAAAUUUUUAUCUUAUUUUAAGUAAAAAUCUUUUCUCUGUUAAA